AUGGCCAUUUUUACUGGUUCAUCAUAUCGCACAAUAAUACUUAUCCUAAGUCUAUAUUCAAUGUGUCAUCUAAUUGAAGUGGUAGAAGGUCGUUUUCUUUGGGAUUUAAGUUUAUAUUGUAUUAAUUAUUGUUCUCGUAACAAUGGUCAAAUAUCUCCAAUAGGCAUUUGUUCAUGUCAUCGUAUUGCAUCUUAUAAUCGUCGAAUGGCAGCAACAACAGAAGAUAUUCAAAAUAAUUAUUCGGAACAAUCAACUUAUAAUGAUAUUCCAUAA